AUGCCGCUUUUUCACACUUUUAAAGACUUCCCCGCCGUCUUAAUAACAUCUCUGUGGGACAAAGUCCCCCAAGCGUCCAGAAUUGCAGAUAUAGUUUCACAGCGCAGAAGCACUGUCAACUCCACACAACGAGUGGGAUCGGAACCGAUGACGCUGGGAUCCCCGACCUCCCCCAAGCCCGCCCACGGCGCGCAGUUCCUGCCGGGCUUCCUGAUGGGCGACCUCCCGGCGCCCGCCACCCCGCAGCCCCGCCCCUUCGGCGUGACCUCGCCCCUUUCCGAGGGCGCCGUCCUCAAAGGAGGCGCCGGAGGAUCCGCCCCGCAGCCGGUGUCGUCUGCCCCGAAAGACAAGAGCGGCGCCCCGCCCGUACGCAGCAUCCACGACGGCCCGGUCGCAGCCGGAACGCCGCUCGGCAUCCGGACGCAGUCUUUUUCCAGCGUGCGCUCUCCGGUGUCGGGACGCCAGACGUCGGCUUCGGGCUUGCAGCAGCAGCUGUGCCUAUCCCCCGCACAGGUGGACCCCUUCUACAGCCAGGGAGAAGCCCUGUCCUCCGAAGACCAACUGGACCAGACCUGGGUCACCGUCUUUGGCUUCCCCCCAGCGUCCGCCUCUUACAUCCUGCUGCAGUUUGCCCAGUACGGAAACAUCCUCAAACACACCAUGGCGUCUCCCGGGAACUGGAUGCAUCUCCAAUAUCAAUCCCGACUCCAAGCUCGUAAAGCUUUGUCCAAAGACGGAAAAGUCUUCGGGGACGCCAUCAUGGUGGGCGUCAAACCCUGCAUCGAAAAAAGCGUGAUGGAGACCUCCGAUGCGAGCGCGUCCCCUCUGAUGAGCCCCGGCCUCCCUUGCACGCCGCGCUCGGCCAUCCGACCGCUCGGCGCCCCCUACAGGAACUCUGCCAGCGAAUACCAGGUGGUGGUAGACACACACACCCCUAGGAAGGACGACGGCUUCGUCUCCAAGGCCCUGGAGUACAUGUUUGGCUGGUGA